GGCUUCCUCCGAUUCAUACAUCUAUAAAUAUAUAAACAAACCGCACAGUCCUUUACAUCAAACCCUCCACCUCCUUCUCUUCUUCUUCUCCCUCAAACCGCCCCCCUUCCCAAAACCCUAGGGUUUAUUCGCGAGUGUAUGGCAGUGAGCCUACUGUCUCAUGAGCUAUCCGAUCUGUGCAUCGGCAAGCCGGCGCUGAAAUCUCUGCCGAUCUCCGCCACCGUCGGCGAAGCCCUCUUCGCCCUCCGCCAGUCCGGAGAGACCUACGUCUGUGUGUGGACUGCCGAAAGAUCGACGCCGGAGGUGAAAACUUGCGCUGGAAAACUAUGUAUGGUUGAUAUCCUCUGCUAUCUCUGUGCCAGGGAGAACAUCUCGUCGCCGGCGGCCGCACUCGAGAAUCCUGUUUCGGUUCUCCUUUCGAAGGAGUCAGCCGCCCUCGUGCGCCGCGUCCAGUCACAUUCGAGGAUCCUUGAUGGUCUGGAACUGAUCCUGGAGGGCGCGCAUGUACUAUUAGUACCCAUCCGCUCCCGCAAGAAGCUCCAGCCCCACCACUCCGGCAUCUUCUGCUGGCUGACACCGGAAGAUUUUGCCCGUUUCUUCUUCAACUCAAUCUCCAUUAUCUCCCCCAUCGCCGCCUGUUCCGUAACACAGCUCGGCCUUGUCCGCUCCACCGACAUCCUUGCCGUUCACCACCACGAUCCAGCCCUCUCCGCCCUCCCCCUCAUCCACCGUGCCCUCGCGGAACAAACUUCCGUCGCCGUCGUCACUGACGACCGCAAGCUCAUCGGCGAGAUCUCCCCUUCCCCCCUCACUGGCUGCGACGAAUCUGUCGCCGCCGCGCUUUCCGUUCUCUCCGCCGGCGAUUUCAUGGCAUACAUUGACUGGUGCGCCUCCCCACCAGAAGCCGCAGUUCGGGCUUUGAAAUCUCUACUGAAGAAAAAGGCGAUGCAUGGUAUGGUUGAGCUAAUGGAGGUGGUUUCACGGCCGGUUUUUUCAUCUUCGACAUCAUCUUCUUCAGACGAGGAAGGGGAGAUAAGGAUGGGCUUGAGGAGAUUGAGGAGGUUAGGAAGCUAUUCUUCGAGGAUGGGGAGGAGGUCGGAGGAGGCCAUUGUUUGCCAUCCGGGGAGCUCGUUGGUGGCGGUCAUGAUGCAGGCUUUGGCGCACAGAGUGGGCUAUGUGUGGGUGGUUGAGGAGGAGGACUACAGCCUCAUCGGCAUUGUUGUGCUUCGUGACAUUCUCCAGGUUCUUAGAGAUCAGUUGGAUGAGCAGUUUAAUGUUCUCUGACAUUAAACAACAAUGAAGGUGGGAGGAAGGUCUUGAUUUCUUUGGUAAGCAUUUUGUGUUUUAAUUCUUCUCCUAAAAAAAAAAAAAAAAAAAAAGACUCUUUCGUAUUUUGUGAAGUAGAAAUGUUGUGUUCUUUAUAACUCGUAAAGGAAUAAAGGAAAUCAGGGUUGUAUCA